AUGUCCUUCUUCGACAAACUCCGCAACCGCAGGGGAUCCACAGACUCCUCCAUGAAGUUCAUCUCCUACCGCUCUGGGCUUCAUCCCAAGGGCAUCAUAGGUCUCGUCGACCCCAGCGAAGAACAUGUGACCCCUCUGAGGUUCCCUGACAAUACGCCUGUCCGGAAUAUGCACCAGCUUAUCGAAGAGUGGGACGCGACGCAUAGGCAUCUGCUCCAUGGCGCGCCGAUGGAGAGACUUGAUAUGGUGGAGGUGUUGGCGCCGUUGAGGGGGCGAGAUGUGAUCUGUGUUGGAAAGAACUACAAGGAGCAUGCAGAAGAGUUCCACAAGAGUGGCUAUGAUCACAGCGAUAACAAGGCUCAGCCAGAUUACCCAGUGAUCUUUACCAAGCGCUCAACUUCUAUCAUUGGCCACAAACACGAGAUAUAUCCUCACCCAAAGCUUACCCAGUCUUUGGAUUACGAAGGAGAGCUCGCCAUCAUCGUUGGGAAACCUGGUAUUGGCAUUUCCCGAGAGAACGCCUGGGAUCAUGUUUGGGGGGCUACUAUCAUCAACGACGUGACAGCCCGUGAACGGCAAAAGGAUCAUAAACAAUUCUACAUCGGCAAGUCUUUCGACACUUUCUGUCCCAUGGGUCCCUUCGCCGUCCACACCUCGGUACUCGACUGGAAGAGCAUGACCCUCGAAACCCGACUGAACGGCAGACUCCGCCAAGCAGCCCGUACAGACCAAAUGAUAUUCGACAUUCCCACCCUCAUCGCCACCUGCUCCAUGGGCACCACCCUCCAGCCUGGAGACGUUAUUGCCACAGGGACGCCCGCUGGGGUAUGUCUGUCUUCGGGCGAGUUUUUGAAGACGGGGGACAGGGUGGAUAUCACCAUAUCGGGUCUGAGCACGUUGAGCAAUACGGUGGGGAGCGGGUUGGAGGGGCCGCCGCCAUGUUCGCCUCUCUCGGCGAGGACAAGUCUGGGGAGCAGUGCUUAUACAAAGGGGAUGCGGCUGAAGGGUGAGAGCGGGCCUGUGGGUUCAUGA